UGGCUAACCAAGUCUUUUUUGGUCUUUCUCUUUUGAUAUGCAUGUUUGUCAUAGUUUCACAUCGCCUAACUGGAGCAUUUAUUGGUCGUCUAAGUACAUGCCCAUACCAUCUUAAACGUGUCUCUCUUGAACUAAGAAAAUAACUGUUGGGAUUUUCUUUAAUUAGAAACCUACACGAACAAAAUGUCGGCUAGGAAUAUUCAACUUUGUUAAUGUGAAGAUCCUUGAUCCUCACAAGAUGAUUCAUCAGCGAAAUUAUAAAUUUUAGAAUAUUAGUAGGUGUGUUUUUAUAUGAAAAUCUUAAUUGCAUCUGAGAUGAUAGCCAUUUAUUUUAUCCUCAUAUAUCUGUAAUAAAAUUGGCAUGAAUAUCAGUCAGGCACUCCUGAAUAUUUUUGACAACUAUGAGUCAAAAUUAGGUUGUUGGUGUUCAUUAUAAAAUGAUUAAAUGCCAUGACUGGUACUUAAGAGUUGCUCUGAUAAAAGUACCAAAUUUUUCUGUUGUUAGACUAAUAGAAUAGAAAUGCCACAGGCGUUUUCUUGUUUGAUUUCAAAAUAGUAAACUUCUUUCUUUGCAUUAAUUUUGGCCAUUACUUAGUUUGUUAUAUCUUUUAAGCAAACUAAGUUACUGGUCUAGGUAUUGUGAAAUUAAAAGUACCUUUUUUUAAUCAGAAAGGAAGUUGAAAAUCUCUUUGUUUUUUUUUGUGUUGGGUUUGUGUUGUAAAUAAUUCCUGAAGCUAUUAAUAUUUGCGAGAGAGGUUAUGGUGAAUUCUGCAGAAAAGGUUAGACUCGCAGGAAAUGCUAAUGUAAUGGUUUGCGAGAGAGGCACUAUGUUUGGUUACAAUGAUUUGAUUGUUGAUCCACGCAAUUUGGAAUGGAUGCGAGAAGCAAAUUGCCCUGUUCUUGAUGGUGGAGGUGUUUCAAGUGGUGGUCUGCGGGGACUAAUACCGUGCAUUGCAAGGACAGCAGUUGCUGUUGGUGUCGAUGGACUUUUCAUGGAGGUACACGAUGAUCCCCUUAAUGCACCUGUUGAUGCUCCAACCCAAUGGAUCAGUGUUUUUUAUCAAGUUAUUAUUCAUCCAAUACGAAACUUGGAGGAACUACUUGAGGAGCUCAUGGCCAUUGCCAGGGUCACAAAGGGCAAAAAGGCAUUCAAAAUUGACCUGACGCCUUACUGGACUAAGCUCGACAUCAAGAACAUGAAGGUAUGAAACCCUCAUUUAUAGUCUCCUCGGGACGGUUUAAUGGUAGUACAUGAAGUGUUAUCAUCAUCAGAUUUAUGGUUCGAAUCUCGGUAAAGUCAAGAUAAAUAUUUCCCUUAUGUGCUAGUCACUAUUUCAAAGGUUAGUAGUCAUCCGUGAUUUAUCUUAUCCGUGUUGACUUUGGGACGGAUUGAUGAGAAUACUGAGAACGAACGUAUUCAUCUUUUAUCAUCAUAUUUUACUAUAAUAUUUAACAGGUUGGCAUUUGUUAGAUGGGAAGAAACAUAGUGAUUGGAGAUCAGUGCUUGUGAGAUUGGAUUUUAGUGUUAUAAACUAUUACUUAUGCUCAUAAAAUAAGGACAAGUUGU